AUGCACUCCAACUCCUUCAUCGGGCUCCUUACUCUGGCCACCCUUGGCGCUAGCCAGACCCUCCACGCUGCCGACUUCCCCGGAGCUUGUGAAGCACAGUGCAACGAUGCUGUUGGCCUGUCGAGCAAAUGCGCAUCAGAAACCAGCAAUGACGCGGAGGAGCGGCAGUGCAUAUGUGGUGCCGGUGCCAGAAACGAGCUGAUGUACUGCGCUGCCUGUUCCAUUUCCAACGGGAAGAAUGAUCCCGACAGCAACCUCGCAGAGAUCCUCACCUCAUGCGGCUGGAACUACGCCGAUGCGGCACAGAGCGGCGCAUCAUCCGCAGCGAGUGAUGCUACCUCGGCCAUUGGUGGUGUUGUCACGACCAUCAAGUCUGGCGGCAGCGAAAUCGUAUCGACCAUCACCUCGGGUGCAGGUGGAGCAGCGUCCACCAUCACAUCCGGUGCCGGGGGAGUAGUCUCCACCAUCACAUCCGAUGGCAGCGAGAUACUGUCCACCAUUACUUCUGGGGCCGGAGGAGUGGUAUCUACUCUUACCUCUGACGGUAGCGAGAUCUUGACGACGAUCACCUCUGGCGCUGGUGGUGUCGUCUCCACCAUCAGCUCCGGUGGCAGCGCGUUCCUGUCGACUAUCACUUCCGGCGCCGGUGGUGUGGCAUCCACCCUCUCCACUGGCGUGAGCGGAGUAGUCUCUAGUGCUACGGAUGCAGCUGGUAGCGCUGCACCAUCAUCAAGUGGCAACGGAGUAGCUGCCGCAACUCCCGUGGUUGGUGGCCUCCUGGCCGGCUUCAUGGUUGGCGUUGGUGCUUUCCUGUAG